AAUAAUAAUAAUAAUAAUAAUAAUAAUAAUAAUAAUAAUAAUAAUAAUAAUAAUAAUAAUAAUAAUAAUAAUAAUAAUAAUAAUAAUAAUAAUAAUAAUAAUAAUAAUAAUAAUAAUAAUAAUAAUAAUAAUAAUAAUAAUAAUAAUAAUAAUAAUAAUAAUAAUAAAAAUAAUAAUAAUAAUAAUAAUAAUAAUAAUAAUAAUAAUAAUAAUAAUAAUAAUAAUAAUAAUAAUAAUAAUAAUAAUAAUAAUAAUAAUAAUAAUAAUAAUAAUAAUAAUAAUAAUAAUAAUAAUAAUAAUAAUAAUAAUAAUAAUAAUAAUAAUAAUAAUAAUAAUAAUAAUAAUAAUAAUAAUAAUAAUAAUAAUAAUAAUAAUAAUAAUAAUAAUAAUAAUAAUAAUAAUAAUAAUAAUAAUAAUAAUAAUAAUAAUAAUAAUAAUAAUAAUAAUAAUAAUAAUAAUAAUAAUAAUAAUAAUAAUAAUAAUAAUAAUAAUAAUAAUAAUAAUAAUAAUAAUAAUAAUAAUAAUAAUAAUAAUAAUAAUAAUAAUAAUAAUAAUAAUAAUAAUAAU